CGGUUGUGUUGUUCGGUUAAAGGGUACAUUAAAAAAUGACAAGUGAUUAAAUUAAACGCUGAAAUAUUGCAGACCGAAAGCAGUAGUUUGAAGCUCUACAAAAUGGUGAAGCUGACUAUAGACCUUAUUGCUCGUGGCACCUCAGGGUAUACAAAGAAAAAACGAGAUGAAACCAUGCAUCAAUAUCUGAAGAGGCUAACACAUCUCUACCUGGAGAACAAACAGAUUGAUGAAGUGGGGGAUGACCUGUCAUUGUGCCGAAAUCUCUCGGUGUUAUAUCUGUAUGACAACCAGCUGACUUGCAUCCCCAACAUGAACCAGAACCAGCACCUGACCAUGCUUUACCUGCAGAACAACCAAAUCAGCCGCAUAGACGGCCUUGCACACCUAAACAGAAUCACCAAACUAUACUUGGGUGGCAACUGUAUAACAGUAGUUGAAGGCUUAGAGAAGUUGGAGAAACUGCAAGAACUACACAUGGAAAACCAGGUUUUACCUCCGGGGGAAAAGUUGCUAUUUGACCCUCGAUCCCUAAAGCCAAUAUCAGAAUCUCUGUCAGUGUUGAAUGUGAGUGGUAAUAACUUAGACAGUAUAAAGGACCUAGAGUGCUUAACAAAGCUUACACAUCUAGUUGCAAUAGACAACCAUCUAAGUGAUAUGAAAGAACUUGCGCAUGUCCUUGGACAGUGGUAUUUCUUAAAGCGCUUGGAUUUAAUGGGUAACCCUGUGUGUCACAAGGCCAAAUACAGGGACCGAGUUAUUGUGAUGGCAAAACAGCUUGACAUGCUGGAUGGCAAGCAGAUUAGUGAGACGUCCAAGCAGUUCCUGAAGAACUGGCACGCCAACAAGGAGACACAGAAACAGAAGAAGAGUGACAUCUUGAAGCGUGGCACUUCAUUCUAUGAAGACUAUGGAGUAGGGGAUGGGGGAGACUUGCCCCCAGUGCGGGAGCCAGCAAGAAUGGGAACCAUACCGGGAUACAUGAUGCCAGGCCUUCCGAGAAAACAGUUUGACGAACUGUUGGCCCGAACGUCCACCCUUGCCGAGUCGGGUUUCCAGCGCGCAGCACCGGUCAAGGCAAGGAGCGGCCUCUUAAGAUCCAAGUACACAGACAGUGGUAGACCGAACAAGGCUGACAUUUUCUCUGGCUCUGCCCCUGCGCGUCGCCGGCAAUUAUUGGGCGUCGCCAUUGAACUUUCCGGAAAUUUCGACCCAACCCGGCACAUUCCACCAGACCUUCUUGAUAAAGUGGGGUGAAACACCAUAACAGUACAUUAUUUUUCUGUGAUAGAACUUCCACAUUCAUUGAAUGUGUUUGUAGCUUUUUAAGCUUUAUAAGGCUUAAAAUGAAGCUGUAACAUGUUUAUGACCUUUUUGCCAGUGAAAUGUUGGGGGAACAUUGUUUCAAAAACUCAGAGUAAUUCAUAUUUUGAAAUUCAUUAUUUCUUGUUUAUAAUUUGGGCUUGAGAAACAAGUGACACCCUAAGUGUUACUACUGGUUUGAAAGGAACAUGUUUGUUAUGAAGUCAGUAUUGAACAUUUUUUAUCUGGUUCAUGUAUUUGUAUAUAUACUUGUAUAACAAGUCGGUGAUGUUUUACAGUGGAGUUUUGACAGACCUCUCUUAGCAGCUUCAGAUGUCUUGAACAAUACCAGUAGAACAUUCAUAAAAUGACGUAAUGCCGGUUUUAAUGUCAAGACUGCAUAGGGUCAGCUUAAUAUGGUUGUCACAAUUGUUAAGUGUAUGUGCAAGCAUGCAUUAGUGUGUAUUUUAGACUGACUGAGCUUGUUCAGAAUAUUAAUUCAUAAUUCAUCAUGAAAUUGUAAAAUAACUUCCCAAUAAUUCAAAAUAUAGAGUCUGUUUAUCAUGUGUUGGACCCAUAUUUCUAACUCAAAUGUCUAAGAAGAGGUCAAAGGUCAGUUUGUGGCAGGCAUAAUAAAGUUGGUGCAGACUGUAACUUCAUCUUUCAUCAGGCAAUUUUAAAUUGACUUUUCACAAAUACAUGUAUUCACCAUGUAAAAACAUGUGUUGUUUGUCCAUAGAUCAAAGGUCACUUUGUUAACAGCUGGUUUGGCCUCCAACCUCAUCCUUUAAUUUUACAUGAAGUUAAAACUUAAAGUUUAAAUAAAGACAUGAUGCAGCAUGUCUAAACAAUAACUUUGUAAUCCAUUAGGCAACUUUACCAUGUUAUAAAUGUACUAAAUGUGGAGCGAGCAUGUCCUGCGCAAGACCUGUAUCCCUAAGUCAAAGGUUGAGCUUAAAUAUAUGUGUUAAAAUAUGGGCACCAUAUAGGUUGGGCAGACUUUAACUUCAUAAUUCAUCAGACAAAUACAAAAUAAUAUGUUUUUAAAUUCCUUCUCAUGAAUGUCGCCAUUUGGGAAAAACCUAUUGAACGGAGAACCUGGGCCCAAAGCUCAGCUAAUUUGAAUGUUUAAUGCUAUUUGCCUGCUGGAGCUUUUACUGACUAUAACUUAACCAUUCAGACAGCAUUUUAUGUAGCAUGCCCCUCAUGUUCAACCUGGGCAUGAAGCAGUUAAGGUGUGUCCCAAGUUCAAGAGUCAAGGUCACACUCAUUGUAAAAAAAGUACAAUAUGAAUGGCAUUCCAGACAACUAGCACUGAAUAGUCUUUAACAGUGAUUUUAAAAAAAAUUACACAUCAAUCCACCAAUAAACAUGUUAUAUAAAUAGGUUAUAGGACAAAUUUAUUUUUGCUGUGCGAAUACAUGUAUGUGUUUGCAAAGUGCACAACUUGCACCUGUGAUUUAGAGUCUGUGAUUUCAGAAUUUACAUGUUCUUGCAUGCAUUCUCAAACAAAUUUGAUUAUUUGUAUUAAAUUAUAUAAAGAAUAAUAACUUUUUAUCACCUGAAGUCAUUUAAUCCAUGUGGAACACCAGAAUUCUAAUAUAAUUAUGUAAUAAAGUGUUCAUUGAUUUCAUAAAACAAAGCUAUCAUAUAUUCUACAAAAACUACAAAGUACCAUCAUGAUGUUAUUUCCAUAUAUUGUUUUGCAGAUGAGAAAUUUAUUCAAUUUAUUGUUGAUAAUAUUGAUAAAUACCAUAGUAGUAAUAUUUUAUUGCUUUCUUGCCAUUGCUAUAAAAAUUUGUACUUUCUUUAUUGAGCGUUUGAUGAAGCUUUUUCCACAUAUACCAGCAUAUUAUUGGUUAAGAAAGUAGAAAAAACUAGGCAAGUUUUGAAUACAUUUAAGUAUAUUAAGCAAGGCUUAGGAAACCUUGACCAAUAGCCAUGGCAAGUUGUUUGAGUUUUCGUGUUGAACAAAUAAACUUAUCUGGAUUUAAUUCUUGCCUGGUAUUUUAUAUUUCCCAUCAUUUUUGCAUUUUUCUGUCUGCAAGUCAAAAGUAAGCAAAAUAACAUAAAUAUGAAUUAAAUAAUAAUAAUGAUUAAACUAACUCAAAUGAUAUCAUGCAUAAAACAAAAUGAUGUCUCUGCUCUGUCCGAGCUAGGUGUAUUUGAACAUUGUCGACUAUACCAAAAUUUAUCUGAUUGGGUGUUUAUUCCUUAGGAUUGGAAUACAAUGGAAUUAUGCACAUUGUAAGCCUUCACAAUAUAUUACUCAUUAGAUGCAUUUAUGUGAUAAAUUUGCUUGCAAAUGCUAAGAUGUACAGUGUUGUCUGUGUACUUGUUUUGAUUGAUUUCAGCAUGGAAACUAUAUUUUAAUGAUUCAUUUGCAAAUAUUCAUGCCUACAUUUCGGUGUUAUAUUUAAUAUGCGACCUAAAACUGUUUUGGAAGCUUUGUAAAAGGGUAUUCUAAUUUUAAGUUUAUACCUAUUAAAGCUUGAUUGCAUGAAAACCCUUUGAUUAAUUGCGACACUUGACUGUUUCUUGCGAAGAACCAAUGCAAUGUAUUUGGAUCACUAGGUAGACUUCCACUAUGCAAGGGAAACCUCACUGUCAGGUGUGUUUAUCCCUUUCCUACUUAGAUACAUAUUUGUAGUCCCUUACAAAGUUAUAUUUUAUUAAAGACUGUUCUUACUAGAUUCAAAUUUUACAGGCUUUAUUUCCAACCCUUUGAUACUGAUGAGCAGCAAACAGCAUAAAACCUGAACAGAAUGCGAGUUACUUGCUGGCUGUUCUUGUUUUAUGCUGCUUGCAAAUAGCAAUUUUCACUUUGCUUCUGCAAGGGAAAGGGUUAUUCAUGUACUCAGCAGCAUGUCUGUUAGAUCUGCUGACAAUCAUAUACUGGUAGCAGCAUGUCUGUUAGAUCUGCUGACAAUCAUAUACUGGUACUGGUAGUUGUGUUAUUGUGCGUCAGUUUUUGUUUUUACUUUGGUAAGAAUGAAUUCUCUUCAAAUGUGUUCAUGUUAUUUUAGUUUGAUAUUGGAUAGAUUUGGAAAUAUAGUGUUAAGCUGUUUCCAGGCGCUUUUUAGCUUUAGGGUAUUAGGAAGGGAAAGGUGCACAAAUAGUUGUCUGAAAAUACUUUAAAACUAGUACACUAUUGCAAGUGUUUUUCUUUUGUGUUCAGCAUCUCCAGUCAAAAGCAUCUGUUUAAACCUCUUUUUCUUUAACUUGAAUACAUAAAAAAUAUAGUUGCUUAUGAGUAAAAUAUAGUUACAGUUGAUAAAAGUUCUUGAAUGUUUGGUUAUAAAUAUGUUAAGCAUUUUUGUUGUUUAUCCUUAAAUUAACAAUUAUUUUGCAUUCUAUUAUACAGUUCAAUUUUAUGCAUGUGAACAAAAUAAUUCAGUGUUAAAAGAUAUGCAACUGAAAUGUGAACUUUAAUAUAAAUUAUUUUUCCGUUUUAUUUUUCCAGCUUUAUUAACCAGGUUUUUUGAAGAAAAAAACUGGUUAUUAGAUUGGCGAUUGCCGGCAGGCGGGCGAGCUGGCGGGCGGGCAGAACAAGCUUGUCUGGGCCAUAACUCUGUCGUUCAUUGUCAGAUUUUAAAAUCAUUUGGCACAUUUGUUCACCAUCAUUAGACGGUGUGUCGCGCGAAAGAAUUACGUAGAUAUCUCCAAGGUCAAGGUCACAAUUUGAGUUUGAAGGUCAAAAAUGGCCAUAAAUGAGCUGGUCCGGGCCAUAACUUUGUCGUUCAUCGUGAGAUUUUAAAAUCAUUUGGCACAUUUGUUCACCAUUAUUGGACGGUGUGUCGCACGAAAGAAUUACGUCAAUAUCUCCAAGGUCAAGGUUGCCACAACUAAAAAUAGAUCGUUUUUGAAACAACUAUGUAACUAUGAAAGGAUGAUAACUCAAGAACGCUUAGGCCUAGGAUCAUGAAACUUUAUAGGUACAUUGAUCAUGACUGGCAGAUGACCCCUAUUGAUUUUUGGGUCACUAGGUCAAAGGUCAAGGUCACAGUGACUUGAAAUAGUAAAAUAGUAUCCGGAUGAUAACUCAAGAACGCUUAGGCCUAGGAUCAUGAAACAUCAUAGGUACAUUAAUCAUGACUUGCAGAUGAUCCCUAUUGAUUUUAAGGUCACUAGGUCAAAGGUCAAGGUCACAGUGACUUGAUAUAGUAAAAUGGUUUCCGGAUGAUAACUCAAGAAUGCUUACGCCUAGGAUCAUGAAACUUCAUUGGUACAUUGAUCAUGACUUGCAGUUGACCUGCAUCAAUUUUCAGGUCACUAGGUCAAAGGUCAAGGUCACAGUGACUGGAAACAGUAAAAUGGUUUCCGGAUGAUAACUAAAGAAUAAUAAGGCCUAGGAUCAUGAAACUUCAUAGGUACAUUGAUCAUGACUGGCAGAUGACCCCUAUUGAUUUUCAGGUCACUAGGUAAAAGGUCAAGGUCACAGAGACAAAAAAGGUAUCCACACAAUAGAUUCCACUACAAAUGACAGCCCAUAUGUGGGGCAUGCAUGUUUUACAAACAGCCCUUGUUUUCUAAUUGAAAUCAAGGUCAAUUUUUCACAAGGAAGUUAACAAUACACAUUUUGAAUUGUCUCCCCUUAUCAGACUUUUUUGCAACUGAAAACCUGGUUUUGUGACAAUUUUGUCCCUUGUUACUUUUAUUAUCAAAAAUAUUUUAAAACUGCUUUUCUGAAACCUGAUUUAGAACCACAACAUGCCACACAAUUUGAUGACUUGCUGCAUUUCAUAAACUUUUUAAGAAUAAACAGCAUUCACAUCUUUAACACAUAUUAUAUUCAAUGAAAGUUUACAGAUUCCAGGUUAAGUUUAUUGUACAAUGACAUACCAGUGAUUUGUACCUUUCCUUUAUGGUAGAUACACGCAAAUGCAGUUAGAAAGUAUAACUUACAGAUAGGUUCCUUCCGUUAGUCAAUAAUAAGUUUAUUAGAGUCACUUAUGAUAUUUAAUUUGAUGCAAAUAAUGUAUUAUAUUUUCAUGACAUAUUUUUGUUAGUAAUAAUGUGGAAUUAAGAUUUGUUUUAAGUUGUUCAAAUUUGAAUUCAUUCCUUUAUGUCCAUAAAUCAAGCAAUGCAAAAUUCUAGAUUAGUUUGGGAUGUAGUAAAGUGGGAAUAUGGUUCAAUAUUAAUAAUCACUUGAUCUUGUCUGCCUAAUAGGCAAGAUAAUAUAUUAAAAUAUCAUUUGAAAACUUGUAUCUGGUUCAAUUCUAACUGUUUUGAUAAAAGUACAUGAGUAAGGAUUUAAACUACUACUUACACAUUCAAUCAUUGACAUCAGCUGUUGUUAAACAUUUGGGACUGAAGGAAAAUAAUUUUGUUAUAAACCAUUGUUGUUAUUUGAGUGUUUUGACACAGAAAGCAAAUGAAGUUAUGGUUUAUCUACUGAAAAAUCUAUCAAAGAUGAAGGAAGAAAUAUAAUCAAUCAUUAAUUACUGGGCCUGUCUUAAAAUAAAUUGCUGUAUUGAAAUACUCACAAGGAAGACAAGAAACUCAAACAAUAGACAAAUAAGUUGUCAAAAAAAGUCAUUUGUAAUUUUAUGCAAUCUUAUUGGUAAUUUUAAAGCAUAUUCCCACUUUAAAGGUUCUUGUUUACAGAUUUUGAAUUUGUAUGCCCUUCACCUCUCUUUGAAGAAGGUGGCAUAUAGCGGCCCCACUGUGCAUAUACGCAAAAUUUAUUUUUUUCAGUAAAAGUUUUGGGAAACCUUGGGAUAUAUAAAUUGAUUUUGAAUAGACUUUGAACAAAUGUGAUCAUAAGACAACAUGUGACACCUGUCUCAUAAUUUCAAUGGUCAAGGUUACACACAGAGGUUAAAUGUAAAAUUUGGCCCUAAAACAGCUUUAAAAUCCUGCCUUUGCCAUAACUUUGUCAUAUAUAUUUUUAUGCAAUUUCAAGUAACUUGGCACAAACAUAAACUAUCAUAAGACAAUAUGUCACAUGUAACGCACUAAGCAGUCUCCCUACCUCAAAGAACAAGGUUAUGUGCAACAUGUGUCUGCCUACCUCAAAGGUCAAGCUUCAGAGGUCAAUUCAAUUUUUGCCUUAAACAGCUUGUUUUAACAGCAGAAUGUUGAGGCAUAAGUGGAAUGUUGGGGCAUCUGUGCUUACAUGUAAUGUUGAAAAAUGUGGUUAACUAACAAAACUAUAAUAUUUGGAAUUAUAAAAGCAAGAAAAAGUUAACUUUAAUUUUUUACCUCUGCAGCAUUUAAUCUGGUUUUGGAGGCAAAAUAUUACUUGCUACCACUAGACUCUUCAGGCUUUUGAAGUUAACUGCAUAUUUUAAACAUUAGUUUUUUGGAAAAUUAUCGAUGAAAAGCAUUACGAAAACUAAUUUAUUUCACAAAUAUUAAUUAUGCCAUAAAUGAACAAAUAUUUUUUACAUUUUGUGUAUUACUUUUACUUGCUUACUGAUACUAUUUUAAGUUUUUUGCUUUCAUUUUUGUGCUAAUUUGCUAUGUAAUACUAUGCCGAUAUUCACUAAGAAUAAUGACUAACAUUCAGUUUUUCAAUAACAUUUUUAUCAGUCAAAUAAGAAUCUUUACUUAAAAAAGUAGUUAUAGCAGUAGCUUUAUUUGCAGUUGUACUGCCUGAUAAAGCACAAGAACCAUUCAUCUAUUGAUAUUGUAGCUUGUAUCAAAAGCCAUAUCAUAUAUGCUAUAAAAUACCCGAAAGCCUGUUGUUCAUAACAUUUAUAUGCUCAAUUGUUAGUUCUUUUUCUUAGACGUGCUAUCUAUUUAGUUCUGUAAUUGUUCAGAUUUCACUUAUUUGGUGCUCACUGCACAACCAUGUAAAUAUUUAAGCUUACUUGCUAUUUAUUGUUAGAUGUUAAAUGAUCAAAUAAAAGAACAAAAAUUGUGAAA